AUGGUCACAGCAAAGAAGCUGGAUAAUUUCUUCGUGGGCCUUCGCAGGUUCGAGUCUAAUUCGAUAGGUCAUAAUUUGUCAGCCUGUACAGACGACUGCCAAAGUCAUCUUGACACAGGGACGAAGUGCUUCUUCCCUCUUUUCUUCUUUCCUUCAUACGAUAUGAACGCCUCAUCUAUCUAUCUAUCUAUCUAUAUAUCUAUCUAUCUAUCUAUCUAUCUCUGUUCAUAUCUGUCUCUGCCUAUCUAUCUAUCUAUCUAUCUAUCUAUCUAUCUAUUUCUGUUCAUAUCUGUCUCUGCCUAUCUAUCUAUCUAUCUAUCUAUCUAUCUAUCUAUCUAUCUAUUUCUGUUCAUAUCUGUCUCUGCCUAUCUAUCUAUCUAUCUAUCUAUCUAUUUCUGUUCAUAUCUGUCUCUCCUCAUCAUCUAUUCAUCUAUCUAUCUAUCUAUCUAUCUAUCUAUUUCUGUUCAUAUCUUGUCUCUGCUCAUCUAUCUAUCUAUCUAUCUAUCUAUCUAUCUAUCUAUCUAUCUAUCUAUUUCUGUUCAUAUCUGUCUCUGCCUAUCUAUCUAUCUAUCUAUCUAUCUAUCUAUCUAUCUAUCUAUCUCUGUUCAUAUCUGUCUCUGCCUAUCUAUCUAUCUAUCUAUCUAUCUAUCUAUCUAUCUAUCUAUCUAUUUCUGUUCAUAUCUGUCUCUGCCCAUUCAUCUAUCCAUCCAUCUAUCCAUCUAUCUCCAUCUAUCUAUUCAUAUCUGUCUCUGCCUAUCUAUCCAUCCAGUUCAUAUCUGUCCCUGCCCAUCUAUCUAUCUAUCUAUUCCAUCUAUCUAUCCAUCUAUUUUUCAUCUGUCCCCUCAUCCAUCCAUCCAUCCAUCCAUCCAUCCAUCCAUCCAUCUAUCUCUGUCCAUAUCUGUCUCUGCCCAUCCAUCCAUCCAUCCAUCUAUCCAUUUCUGUUCACAUCUGUCCCCUGCUCAUCCAUCCAUCCAUCCAUCCAUCCAUCCAUCCAUCCAUCUAUUUCUGUUCAUAUCUGUCUCUGCCCAUCCAUCUAUCAUCCAUCCAUCUAUCCAUUUCUGUUCUGUUCAUAUCUGUCUCUGCUCAUCUAUCUAUCUAUCCAUCUAUCCAUCCAUCUAUCUAUCUAUUUCUGUUCAUAUCUGUCUCUGCCUUCAUCAUCUAUCUAUCUAUCCAUUCAUCUAUCUAUCUAUCUAUCUAUUUCUGUUCAUAUCUGUCUCUGCCCAUCUAUCUAUCUAUCUAUCUAUCCAUUCAUCUAUCUCUGUUCAUCUGUCUCUGCUUAUCUAUCUAUCUAUCUAUCUAUCUAUCUAUCUAUCCAUUCAUAUCUGUCCCACCAUUCAUCUAUCUAUCUAUCUGUCUAUCUAUCUAUCAUCUAUUUCUGUUUAUAUCUGUCUCUCUGUCUGUCUGUUCAUUCAUCUAUCUAUCUAUGUUUAUAUCUGUCUUCUUUGCCCAUAUCUAUUCAUCUAUCUAUCUAUCUAUCCAUCUAUCUAUGUUUAUAUCUGUCUAUCUAUCUAUCUAUCUAUCUAUCUAUCUAUCUAUCUAUCUAUCUAUCUAUCUAAAUCUGUUCAUAUCUAUGUGGAAACUCAUCCCACACAUUAA